AUGAGCCAAGACAUAAUUGAAUUGAAGGCUUUUAAGGAAGAAGUAAAUUCUAACUUGCAAAACCAGGGAGCUGCCAUCCAGAAGCUAGAAAAUCAAAUUGUGUAUUUGACUAAGCAAGCCCCUGGGACAAGCAGUUCUCAUACUGUUAAGGCUAUUGCAAGGGAGGAAUGUAAGGCCAUAACCCUCAGAAGUGGAAAGAAUCUAAAGGAGAUUUCAAGGGAAACUACAGAGGAUGAAGCAAAGGAAAAUGUGAAAGAUAAAGAACAAGGACAAUCUGUUACACCUUUUGCAACAAAAGAAAAAGAAAAAGAGGUCUUGAAGCCUUACACACCUAAAGCACCUUAUCCUCAACGUUUGAUGAAAAGUGAAAAGGAUGGGCAAUUCUCCAGGUUCUUGGAGAUUUUCAAGAAGCUUCAAAUCAACAUUCCCUUUGCUGAAGCAAUAGAGCAAAUGCCACUCUAUGCAAAAUUCUUAAAAGAAUUGAUGACCAAGAAGAGAAGCUGGAGAAAUGAGGAAACUGUGUUGUUAACUGAAGAAUGCAAUGCCAUCAUUCAGCACAAAUUGCCUCAGAAGUUUCUGGGCCAAGAAUAUUGUGAUUUAAGUUAG